AUGUCCUUCGUGCUUUUCGUCCUGCUGGGCGCUUCGCUGCAAACCGCCCGGGGCCACUACGAUGCGGAGACGGAGCGACAGCGCACGGAUGUCGUGUUCUUGCAGCACGCCUUAAGGCUGCAGGAUGACUCCCGCGUCCAGGUGGUGCAAGCUGACGAGGAUAUGCACUCCCUGUUCGUGAAGUUUCACAAGGUGGCAGGCACUACUUGGCAGCUCUACCUCAUCAGGAUGAUUGGCGAGUGGUACGAUUGCAGCUCGCUUUGCGGCAACCCAGACUGGGUUUGCGAGCAGAAAGCCGGGCCGAAUUCGCCGGAAGCUGCGAGCUGCAAGGGCCAAAGUGAAUCCUGGGCAGUGGUCCCAUUCUGCCAGGAUCCCCGCCCCCGCAGCUGCACGUCUCAUCCCAGCACGGACGUCAUUCGAGAAGCGGUGUCAGGGCAGACAUUGGCAGUUACGAGUCCGGUCCUAUCCGAUUUGCAGAAUCUCUACCCAGACGCGAGACGUUUUGAGUUGCUUGCGAGAGUCUCCUGGGCUCGAAGUUGGCUUCCUUCCACCUUCGUCCAGAAGCGUCUGAAGCUCACCACCAUCCUCCGCGAGCCAACAGAACGACUCCGCUCCUAUUAUUAUUACGACAAUGCUUACUCCUCACGGCAGGGCUUCUAUGGGUUCCUUGCCUUCUGCAGGGACUACGUUGCCGGCAACUGGUCGUUGGAGCAGUUUGAGCAUCAGAAGUCGUUUCCCAGAGGCGCAAAGUCGUUGGCCAUCUUGCGACGCUCCUGCUGUGAGUAUGAGAGAUAUUUGGGCGAAGAGUCACUUGAGAAAUCCUUGGCCACGCUCUCCACGAUGUUUGACCUCGUGGGGCUGCAGGAGAGAAUGGACGAAUCCUUGGUGACCUUGGGUAAGCUGUAUGGCCUGACACCACAGGAUGUGGCCAAGAUUGGUCGAACAGUGCCGCCUGAUUGCAACAGCAACAGUGACAAGCUGGAGUGGACAGAGGAAGAGUUGAGGAUGGCGAAAUACGUGUCCAACAAGAGCCGGGAAAUUUACAAGCUCGGGCAAAAGCUGUUCAAGAAUCAGUAUGUGAAGCUCUUUGGCAGUGAGCAGAACUUGAAUUCCGCGGUGAACAUCUUCGUCAAGGAGGAUGUGGCUGUUUCUCAGGACUACGCUGAAGCCACCGUUUCCGCAUGCAUACGCCGUUGA